ACAUGGUAGCAAAACAGAAAAUACGAAUGGCAAACGAGAAGCACAGCAAAAACAUUACACAGAGAGGUAAUGUCGCCAAGUCAUCGAGAAAUGCUGGGGAUGACAAAGUGGCAGUGGGACCAUGGCUUCUUGCCUUGUUCAUUUUUGUUGUCUGCGGAUCAGCCAUUUUCCAGAUCAUUCAAAGCAUCCGUAUGGGCAUGUAAAGUGAAGACGACAACCCUUGUCCAAAUUCCAACUACACAUCCAGGGCUUUAAUUGUCCCUCACAAGAUAAAGGAGAAACAGCCAUCAUCUGUCCAUUCCCUGUCUUCCUUUUCUUUGGCACUACCAAAACUGGAUAAAUAUGCACCUUCUGUAAAUGAGAGACAGCCAUGUAGUUAAUACCAUUUGCAUUCCAUAAAUGAACAUCAUGAUUGACCUGAAGAUAUAGUGACCUUUUGAAGUGAUCAAGGAUGUUUUUUUUAUUUUUUAUUGUUGAAUCUAUAUAAGAUGCCUGUGGCGUCAUUAUAUGGAGAUAUGUAUUUGUGCAGUGGCAAUUGUUGUCCAUUGAUGUGCCAACACCAAAUUUAGGUCUAUAUUCCAAAACAAAGGACCGUACUUUUUUCAUUCCCUAACCCAAAACUAUAUGCAUGGCUGUAAAAAGCAAAUAUCUUGUUAUAGAGCCUUGAUAUAAUAGUGAAUGCAUACCGUGUCUGUAUUUAAAUUUGGACAACAGAAGGAAUCUUUUGAAUCAGAAGAUUUGAAGGUAAUGCAAUGUCUUGCUGCACUAUGUGUGGCAUACACCUGUGAAAUCAAAUAUUUCUGUCCGUCAAUAUAUAUAUUAAUAACAAUAAAAGAAAAACUGAAAUUUUAAAA